CAAGUAGUGGAAAUGAGUGAUGAUGGUGAUACCACAAGUGAUGAAGAAGACGAAGCAGACAAUAAUAGUCACACUCAAAGAAGUGGUCCACAACGUUAUGAUGAAGAUGUGAUCAAGCAAAAGAGAAAGGAAAGAAGAAAUAAGAGGAAGCGAGGUGGCAAUAAAGCGAAGAAAGCCAACAAUGAUAUAGAUGACAUUGAAGAAAAGAAACAAAGAAUUCAAGAUGAACAAAAACCUGAAAACAGUGAAUCAAAAAAGUUAAUCAAACAGACAGAUAAUGAUGACAAGAUGGAAACCACUUCAGGCACAGAAAAAAAAUCAAACACCUCCACACAGGAAACCUUAAGCCACCCACUCCAACACACUCAUCCUAACCAACAAGAUAUUUCUGUACCAAAAGUUACCUGGACAGAGGAAGAAUGUGUCACCAUUAUUUUUCAUGCCUUCUUGUCACCUGAAUUUCACUUCAAGGUAGACAAGCACAAAGUUACUGUACGUUUAGGUCUCUAUGAAGUUGGAGGUUGGAAGUAUAAUUGUACAGAUAUGUUUAACGUAAGGAAAGUCGAGGACAAUUUCAUACGAGUGCAAGGUGAAAUGCAACUUCCUGUCAAAUUUCUCCAAAAACCAAUUGCUUAUAAGUAUGUUGUAAUUGAUGCUGAUGGAAAGGUGGACUGGGAACUUUCAGAGUAUUUUGACAAACAUCAUGGAAUUGUAGAUCGCUGUUUAGUUGUAAUACCAGACUAUAAGCAUCAAAAUGCUGUUUGGCAUCAGUAUGAUGGUUUGGUCUACCCUGACUUUAGAGUUGGUUCACGUUGGUACAAUCCUUUGACUUGGGUAUCUGGAUGGAAGAACAAAUUUGACCAUGCCAAAGUAGUCAAAAAUAGAGAACAUGCUGCCAUUUCUUUUCUUCCAAAGUGGGAAGGGUUUGUUAUUGGAGGGCAAAUUGAGCAAAUAACAGCUUUAGAGGCUAUCGAUAGGAUGAAACAUCUUAAGGAAUGUUUAGCAAACCCAUGGAUUUCUGUUAGUAACUACGCAAUAAAGAAGCAAAUUCCAUUCAGGGAUUUUCCUUUUCAAAAGAUUCUUAAAGACUUUCUAAAACCCAAGAUUUCAAGCAAUGCUAGCCUAAAGGAAGAUGAGCUGAAAAAACCUGACGUUCGUAAGGGGAGACUGAUAUCGAGUCUUACCAUAACUCAUUUGGUUUGCAUCUUUGAUUUAGAUCUGUCUUAUGCUGAACUUGCUGAUAUCAUUCAAUGCCUUGUAAUUGAGAUGCAUCAUGGCAAUGGCAGAUGCGACUUUGAUGACCUCCACAUGGAGUUCCCAGAAAACACUUGGGGGGAUCUCUCCAAGUCUGUUGUUCAUUUACUGAACGCUGCUAAGCAAAAAUCUGGAUACACAAAGUUUUGUCCUGAUAUCAUCCUUGCUGUGCCACUUCUUCACUUUCUUCGCAUGGACACCAAGCCAUUUGCUAAGUGUGAUGAUGACAGUGAUGGUGCAAAAUCAGUUGAUAAAUGGUGCCAUUUAAACGAUCUUCCUCGUUUUAAUCCAUACAAAAAACUUGUUGAAGGAUUCUUCACCAAAGUACAGUGGAUGUUUGUUUUGGAUCCCUAUUUGCGACGUCUUUUUCUCUAUUAUGUUCCAUUUGAAGACUUUGAUAAGAUGUGCAUCCAUGAUAAAUUUCCAAUUCAUGAUCUUUGCAAUGCAUUGGGUUUUAAAAUCGAACAUGAAAGGAAAUAUACAUUUUCUUCCAAGUUGCAGAUGAUAGAGAAAACUUUGUCCAGCCUGAGAAAAAGGAUUCAAAAAGAGCUUGCUCAAAGGAAACACCUUGAUGCAGAGAUCAUGCUUCAGGCAAAAUCAGGAUAUUUUCUGGCAACAGAACUCUUCAGAAAGAGUGAAUCCAUAAUCAAUGAAUCAUUCUUUCUGUGCAUAGAGAUUGUAAGUCUCAUUCUAUCAAGCACCCAGGAACUUGGUGAUGAAAUGUCUUCUCCUGAAUAUAAGUCCCGUAAAGAGGAAUGUGAUGCAAUUUUCUUUAGUCUAACUAAUGACAUAGAGAUUGCAAUUGAAAAGGAAUUUCGUUCUAAAUUUUCACUCAUUGAGUCUCGACAGAAAGAAGAACUAAAGAUUUGGACCAGGUUUCUCGAAGCUGAUUCUUUGAAAGGAAAGCUCAGGGAUAAAUGGUGUGAGACACUCUUGUCAUACUUUGUUAAAAGGCUGAAGAAGCUUACUCAUAAUGAUUCUAUUGAUCUUUACUGUCGGGUGGAUACAGCAGCCGACAACAUCAAUCAAAGUAUCAUAGAUGCUAUCACGAACCAUGCCUUCAAUGAAGUUGAAAGAACUGUACAGAGCGGAAAAAACGAAAGCUCCAUUUCACUACUGAGAAAGAAGUGUUUAAAGGACGGUGUUUCAUCAAGAGCAGGGGAAUUACUAUCUCGCAUGAUAAUCACUUCCUGGAACAAAGACGUUUCACAUGGCGGUCUGACUGUCCACACACAAUUAUUGUACAUCCUCAGGUGGAAACACUGGCCAGAAUUCAUCAGUUCAUUUGGUUCAGCAGAAAGCCAAAACAUAUUGAUGCCAGAUGCAGCUAAACUUGUCAAACGUGUUAUUGAUCACUUGUGUAGAAUCCAGCAUACUAUUCGAAAUAGAUCAAUAGAUGUGCAAACUAUGGUAUCAUUGGAACAACAUAAAGAUAAUUUUAGAAAGCUCUGCACUGCUUUGACCAAAGUUGAUAAAGAUUCUGAAGAUUCGCAAAGUUUCAUUGAGACUGAAACGGUCAUGAAGGAACUAGAGAAAAGAAGUGAAGAACUGCGCCAUUUCCAUGAACUCAAACGCCAUGUUGGAAAUUUUCUUAACAUGUGCAGAUCAACAAAAGAAGUGAUAUUCGAUACAGCUGACUUGCAAAGAUUGCAUGAAUGUGACAUAUCUGUAAUAGAGAUGAAAGAUAUUUGCAGUCGAGAUUCAAUGAGUGAAGAAUACCAAGAGAACCAAAUUACUGUUGUCUUCUUUGACUUGCCUGAUUCACUUCGAUCUGAGCUUCCUCAGCUUUCAGCAUUUUGCAAAAGUGAUCUUUUCCAAUCAUUUUGGAGACGAAAUUCAAGGUCUACGUAUAAAGAAAAACAAAACAACCAGGACCAAAAGGGUCUUAGUUUGACGGACAUCCAGAAAAGUGUGUUCCAACCGUCUUUGGAAACGUGGAAACAUCUUGCUCAAAAGCUAUAUAGCGGAUUCAUUUCUUUACGAGAUAUUGACAAGUAUUUCACAAAGAUAGACCUGCAGAAAGAAGUUGGAAUCAUGUUUUCAUCAUUCAAGAUAACAAAACAUGAAAUGGAUGUAACAAUGAAKCAGAGGAUGRAGCAGAUCAAKCAAUAUCGGAGYCUUCAAAARUAUAUUGAGGCAACUGAAACUGUGUGGGAAUUCAAGGAAGCACUYGAAUUGAAGGGRGACUUUGAAAUUGUAGAGCAGUUGCGGAAUCAGAGCUCAGCUGAAUUCAAGGAGAAGGCACUCACUAGCAUCGAUUCAAAGUUUCUUCAAGCUGGGGAGUACUUGCAGAGUAUUUCCAUGGAGGAAGCUCAUUGCCUACAAGCAGUGGUUGACUGUGAACCACUUGUUAAAUGGUUACGAGAAACUAUUAAAGACACAAGUGCGUUAAGUACCUUAGUAGACYUGGCAAUGAUUUCUGCUGGUGAAAAUGACUUGGAAGUUGACCGUAUCUCAAACUUCCAUACAAGCUGCCUGAAUUUUGCCCCGCUGAUCUUUGACAUCCGCAAGGAUUCUGGCUUUGAUGAUCUUAUGAAAGCUUGCCAACCAGUCUGGAAAGCUGUGGAAGCUGAUAAGCAUCUUCCCAAUAAACUGAGCGAAACAUGCCAGCAUCUUGAUUGGCUGAAGGCUGUGCAGAGCUCACAUGGUUCUGUGGAGAUGUCUUCCCUAAUGCAGACCAAGAUUAUCAACUCUUCAGGCGUAUAUCGUAUUGGAAACAUUGCACAAUCUUUGGACUUCAAAAAUGGAUUGGAAGGAGUCCUUACACUCACAGUGCCCAUGGAUGAGAGAAUACAAGACCCUAAAAUUGAAUUUGAAGAWCAAGAGUCUACUACCAAGGAGGAUAUGAAAGCAUAUUCCCUMAACGACCUGAAGACAUUACAGAGCAAACUGAUGUUGAUUGCGGGUAAAACAGCACAGCUUCAAAACAAGGAGAAGAAGGAUUCCAUGGAGAGUACUGAAGAGAUCAACAGAUUUGUAGAGAUCUUUGAAGGUGUAAUGAGGCUCGGUCAAGUCUAUAUUGACCUCUGUGAGGCUGGGGAUGURAAAUACUUGGAGUGGAGUGAAAAGAUUGACUGUUYUGAAGACAGGCUCUUCAUUGAUCGUUCUGUUGGAAAGAAAAUUGCUAUCACGUGCAAGGAGAUGGAAGAAAGGCUGUUGCAAUGGCGACAAUAUGUGCAUGAYAAAAGACACAAAUACAAGGAAUUGAACCAUUUUUCUACUCAGCAAAUUCUUAUCAUGAGAAGGGAACUUGGUUCUCUUCGUCGUGCUAGUGCCAGUAUUAGCAAUCUACCCCUUCAUGUUCUUACGUUACUGGAAAGUGUCCUUAGUGGAAUUACCAACCAGGAUCUUGUUGAAGUGCUAAACAAAAUCUCUGGAUUUAUAUUAGUUGCCACWGACAGCAUUUCAUCAGAAACACCAAUGGAAGAAAGCGAAUUAAAUUCAGCUGAUCCACAAAGUAAGGGCAGUUCUUUCUUUMUCAGUUUGGAGAAAAUGGAUUAUCAGGAAGACGUAGGAAUUGCUGCCCUUAAAGCUAUGAAUGCCUUUGACAGCAARGAGAUUAAUGAAACAGAUCUUCUUGACUGGUGCAUGGAAAAUGGUGAUAAUACAGAGAUAAUUGAAUCUUUGGUUGAGCAAGCUCGUGAGGAUCCCAACUUUGCAGAGUUUUUUCCUGAAAUGAUGGACAAUCAGGAUGAUUUACAGGAUGAAAUGAUGAGUGAUGAAGGCGACAAUAAUCAAACAGAAGAUAAUUCUGAACUCGACAUUGAACAUGAAUAUUACCUAACUCUUAACGAACUUGGAACUGUUCUUGUAGAACUUGGAAAGCGAGGUGACAAGCCAUCAGAAAGACGAUUCCCUGACUAUCUUAAGAAUGACCAACCAAACCUCAUCCUGGUGCCAAGUGUGGAUGUCUACCCAACAGUCCUAACACUGUACAUGCAGUAUGGAGGAAACAGUCUGCCGACUCCAAAUGAAGUUUUGUUGUGCACAUCUGAGACUUCAGCUGAAGAGGUUGAGCUGUUCUGGUGGCGUGCAUUUCAGGAUACAAAUAARCAGAUAUUUUGUUUAGUCAACCCAGAUGUCCUUGAUUACAAUGUCAGCCAAACAUCUGUCGCAAUGUUCAACACUCUUAAGCAGACGUUUGGUUCUUCCCAAGAACACAGAGUCGUUAUCAUCUGYAGCACUGAAAAUGAAGAUCGCUCUCACAUUAUUGCUGCUCUUGAUGAGUAUCGUCUGCAUGCUACUCCAACCUGUGCCCUUGGCGAUAYUUUGAAAUCUUACUUGGAAGAGAAGCUGACCAGUACAGAAUCCAGAAAUGGAUAUUACAAUAAUGAAAAGAUAGAAUGGAUUCCAGCUGCUCAUCUUGAUGCAAAGAGACUUUCAGUGAGAGUAAUUUCAUCCAAUCGUGCAGGUGUUGGGAAAUCGCUAGUCGUAACCAGACUCUGUGAGAAACUCAUGCGGUUACCUAAUAAUGAACGAAUGUUUAAGAUCAGAAAAGGAACUGAACAGCUUAGUGUUACAGUUCCUCUCCACGGCAGUGUGGCAGAUACUCGUCAGAUUCUCGACGCAUUGUGGCAGCAUCCAUUAGAUGCAAAUCUUCCUCUUUCACGGAUAAUUCACGUUGAUGUAUCACCUUCAAUCAACGAGGGCCUGGAAACAGUACUGUUCAAUUUGGUGGUCCUCGGAGUACUGCAAGACACCAAUGGCCGUCUGUGGAGAAGAAGAUCAUCAGAUUUAUAUGUUAUAGAGCGGACAAAUAAUGUUGAUGUUAAGGUUGCCAGUGAUGUCAAGAAAUCUUCCUUUUUGUCAUUGUUCCCAACAAUCGAUUGUAUUACACCAAUACAGACCUUGCAACUCCUCAAGACACCACAAAUAUCAACUUCAAGCCCAUUGUUCGACAGCGAGGAAUUCCGCAGUGUACCUCUACAGAGGGCGUUUCAGUACUUGUUUCAAUGUGACAGAGGUCAAAGUCUUGAUCGAUAUCAAUAUGAUCAGAGAAAACAGAUGGGAACUCCAUUUGAGUGUUUGGCAUUGGUUAUAAGGCACUGUGGUAUCAGCGAUCCGUCUUGGUCAGARUUAAAGCAUUUUAUAGAUUUUCUCAACUCCCAGCUGCAUGACUGUGAACAGAGCUAUUUUACCAAUCCAGCAAAUUUUGAUGACCAGUGGAUGCAGGGAACUCUGAAAGGAUUCAAGUCAUUUGUUGUUAGAUUUAUGGUUACCAUGUCAAGGGAUUUUGCCACRCCAUCGCUGGAUGACAAUCCAAUCGUUUGCUCAGCCGGAGCCUCUUCCACGAACAUCGAUGAAGACAUUAGACCACUGCAGCUUAGGCGAAAAUGGGAAAGCAGCUCUCAUCCUUACAUAUUCUUCAAYCAAGACCGAAUUACCAUGACGUUCCUUGGAUUUCAUGUUCAACCUAAUGGCAACCUAAUCGAUCCUGACACUKKUAGAGUCAUCGAAGCAGGGUUGAUGACAAARCAGUUACAGCAAGGUCUGGCUCUUCAGAAAGUAGACUUAAAUGCAAACUACAAUGCAUGGACAAAGCUGCAAAGGAUUGGAAAACUCUGUAUGGUGAUGGGGUUAGAGAAUGUGUUUGAUCCUGAUCCAACUUAUGAACUCACCAUUGAUAACAUGAAGAAAAUACUGGCCAUUCACAUGAGAUUCAGAUGUGGUAUACCUGUGGUGAUUAUGGGGGAGACUGGUUGUGGUAAGACUCGUUUGAUUCGAUACAUGUGUGCACUGCAAGCAGGAUCAGCAAAACAACGUAACAUGUUGCUAAUGAAGGUUCACGGUGGUACAUCUUACAAGGAUAUUACAACAAAAGUUGAACAAGCUGAAAAAAUGGCUUCAGAGAAUGGAAAGAAGGGCAUUGAUACCGUACUGUUCUUUGAUGAAGCCAACACAACAGAAGCACUGGGCAUGAUCAAAGAAGUCAUGGUUGAUCGCAGAAUUAAUGGGCGGCCUGUUGGGGUUGGGCUACGAAGAUUGCACUUUAUAGCCGCGUGCAAUCCCUAUCGUCGACACACUGAUAAGAUGAUUGGAAAAUUGGAAUCCGCUGGUUUGGGAUACAGUGUCAAAGCUACUGAAACUAAAGACAAACUUGGAAAAAUCCCUCUUCGUCACCUGGUUUACCGAGUCCAUGCCCUUCCAGCAAGUAUGAGGCCUCUAGUGUGGGACUUCGGUCAGCUAAAACCUGAAAUAGAAGAACUAUACAUCCGUCAGAUAGUAAACCGAUUUGUUGUUAUUGAUAAAGUUAUCCCUGGUAACGAACGUCAUGUACAAGCGAUUGCGCGAGUUCUUGCAGCUGCGCAGAAGUACAUGAGGAAACAGCAGGAUGAAUGCAGCUUUGUUAGUCUUCGAGACGUUGAAAGAACAAUGACAGUGAUGACAUGGUUUUAUCAGCAUCACAAAUACCUUCGACCUCAAGCCCAGCAACAUGACAGUGACGAUGAGCAAAUGUCAGAUAGUGAAGAGGAAGUACCGCCUGUGGAUAUGGUCACGUGGUCUCUGUUGUUGAGUCUCGGUGUUUGCUACCAUGCAAAGCUACAAGAUCGAAAGGUUUUUCGAGAUUGUGUCAUAAAAUCAUGUUCUGUUCCUCUUAAACCCAAUGGUGGACAAAAAGAAAUGCUUCAAGAAAUUGACAGGUGUCAGAAGGUAUUGAUCAAUGAACUGAACCUUGGACCCAACAUUGCCCGUAACACUGCACUCAGYGAGAAUGURUUUAUGAUGGUCGUCUGUAUUGAGCUUCGCAUUCCACUCUUUGUCAUUGGAAAACCUGGCAGCUCAAAGUCGCUGGCCAAGACUGUGGUGGCUGACAAUAUGCAGGGAGAAGCUUCGAAGUCUCCAUUGUUUAAAAGGUUUAAGCGGGCUCAUAUGGUAUCGUACCAGUGCAGUCCCCUCUCUACCCCUGAAGGRAUUGUAGCAACCUUUAGACAGUGUAGGAGACUUCAAGAAAACAAYCCUGGAGGUCGCUAUGCAUCAGUAGUGGUACUAGAUGAGGUCGGYCUUGCUGAAGAUUCGCCUYUAUUGCCACUCAAAACCUUACACCCGUUAUUAGAAGAUGGAGUGACAUCAUCAGAUGACAUCAUCGAGACUGACGAGAAACCAACGCGAGUUGCUUUUAUAGGGAUUUCAAACUGGGCCCUAGACCCCGCCAAGAUGAACCGAGGGUUGAUGUURAUGCGUGCUGARCCAGACAAGAAAGAGCUAGAGGAYAGUGCAUGGGGAAUUUGCGCCGCAAGAGAAGACAUAAGGACCAUAUUGUCCAGGUUACUUAARCAGCUUGCUGAUGGUUAUGCUGAUUUGUAUAAAAGACAAAAAACAUUUCAGUCGCUCAGCAACUCAAAGAGGGACGAGUUUUUUGGAUUGCGUGAUUUCUAUAGUCUUGUUAAGAUGGUGUAUAGCAUCGCUGCUGAUAAGGGUGACAUGUUGGACUGGUCAGAACUUGAACAUGCAAUAAGAAGGAAUUUUGGUGGUCUGGAUGAGAUCGAUGCUGUGAAAAUCUUUAAAGAGCGUGUAAAGAGCAGCUUCAACUAUAUUUUGGGAGGAGAGCCAGUUAAAACCCUGGACUUAUUAAGAGCCAGUCUUGAUCAUADAAACGCCAUUGGGGAGAGUCGRUAUYURUUAGUGAUCACAGAGAACUACUCAGCUCUGACAAUUGUCGAACAGCAACUCAUCAAGAAUAAAGAUGAUUACGUGGUCAUAUUUGGAAGCAGUUUCCCUAAAGACCAAGAAUAUACACAAGUCUGUCGAAACAUCAAUCAGAUAAAGAUUUGUAUGGAAACUGGACGUACAGUUGUCCUGCUGAACCUAGAAAGCUUGUAUGAGAGCCUCUACGAYGCUCUUAACCAGUACUAUGUGUACUGCGCAGGUCAAAAGUAUGUUGACCUUGGACUUGGUAGUCACCGUGUGAAAUGUCGAGUGGAUGACACGUUUAGGUUGAUUGUGAUUGCUGAGAAGGAUGUAGUCUACAAGAAAUUUCCAAUUCCUCUGAUCAACCGCCUUGAAAAGCAUUAUCUUGUCACAUCCAAAAGCCUGGAACGACCUCAAUUAAAUAUUGUCGAGGAACUGAGAAACUGGGCACAAGAGUUUGCUGAAGUCCGUCGUCUUCGCCACGAACGUCAAGAACAAUUUACAAUCGCAGAUGCGUUUAUUGGUUAUCAAAGUGAUACACUGCCAUCAAUGGUCCUCCAGGUCAGCAGUGAAGAUGAUAUCUGUGAUCAUAGUAAUCAUGAGUGGGCCGAACAGGUGAAAACAAAGUGCCAGUCUUUGUUACUUCAGACUGCCACUCCUGACGCCAUUGCACGACUUCCAAAGACAGCAUUAAAAGACAAAGCUGAUGAUAUGAGAAGUUUGUACUUUGUGGAGCAAGAGCAUUCAAGUCUGUCAGCAUAUCUUGGCCAAGUAUUGUCAUCAUCUUCUGACGUCGAAAACCAAAAUGGCUUACUUUUACAAGUAUCAACUCAUUCACGACUUCUGUCUGAGAACGAUUUGCCUGAGAUUUGUGACGCUAUUGGUUUUAAGCGGCCCGAUGUAAAGCUGUUGCAUUUGCAACAGUUUCAGACAGAACAACAGUUCUUAAAGCAAAUCAGGGAAUUUUUCAUCGAACUSGCAAACUGYGAAGGCAUAGUGCUUGURCAAUGUGAUUCUGGUGAUGACAAUUUCAACCUAAUAGCUUGCACUCGGCACUUGCUAAUGGACCAUCGGGUCAAACGACAAGAAAUGUUAACCGAAAAACUUCAGGUUGAGUAUAUCCGUCCUCUGCAUUUCAUCAUCAUUGUACAAUUACCRCGUCUUAAAGGAGGAUGUGUGAACUUCGUAGGAUUCCAAGGAGGCCACUGGGAAUCUGUACAUGURGAUGACUUACGUCCACCAUCCAAUCAAAUUCCUCCAAUWGAAUUCCUGAUAGACCGUCCAAUCAGUGAUCUUCUUAAGCCAAGCUGGCUAGUCGAAGAUGAAGACGUCGACACUGAUUUAGUAGAACAAGGCCAAAACCUUUCACUUGAAGACAUUGAUGUGGACAUGAGUGAUGAAGUUAACGGAAUGGAGAUUGAUGAUGAUAAUGAGAUGUUUAGGAGUACUCAUGUGGCAUCGCAGCCGGGGCAGAAAACCAGUAAAGAAACCUUUGACGCAAUUGUUCUCAUCCGUCGAAGCAUCCAGGCAGCAGCAGGGAGACUUGAAGAUGAAGCAGUCCUCGCUAAGAGAACUACAGACCGAAUUGACUUAAUUUUGAAUCUUCUUCCCGAAAAUUCUAGCAAGAUAACAGGUGGACCUUCAUUUUCAAAAUCCCUACAUCAAAAAAUUUACGAACUAUUGCAGGAGAGAAACGAAAAGGUUUCUGGUACUGAGUUAGCCAGCUAUUGGGUCCGAAACGAGGCAUUAUCUGGGACAAGAAUGCAUGAAAGAGGCACUUUCAGGAAAGCGCUCCAAUACAAGGUGUUGUCAGAGAUUGAACCACUUCUUGCAAAGUGGUUGAAGAGUCUCUGGGUUCACAUCUUUGAGAACAARCACUUAAAUGAGAAAUACUUUGACGUCUCUGACACCAACAUGAUACGUGAGCAUGUCAAUGUGUCAGGUCGAGGAAAACAUGUCUUCCAGUGCCGUUUUCCAUUCUCUUGGUUGGUUAAGGACAUGGUGGAUGGUCUUGGGCGUGGUGGAUCUGAUGUUUCAAACCGUUCUUGUGGAACAGAGGAAGAAAAACUGCGAAGUAUCCUGGAGAAUUCAGAMCUCAAGGAUAUCCUUGACSUUGUGAAGGAAGAAGGAAAUGAAGAAGAGGCAKCAGAGCGUUAUUUACACGACUUUGUACACAUGGUUUACUUUCCUACGAAGCAGUGCGAACGAGAAGAGAUUGAACUUGUCAGUCGAUUUAUCAUGAUGGCGGCAGAGAAGGAAGAUGACAGUGAGGAAUACAUUUUCGACAUUGCAACCAUCCAUGUCACCUUCAAUAGAAUCAAGUCAAGAAUUAGUAAUUUCAACCAAAUGGUCCAGAUAGAACCAGACAUUACAAGACUGUUGCUUAAUCAAAGACARAUGUCAAUAGAUGUAGCAGCUCUGACAGUCUCUCUGGAAAAGCUGGAGCCAAUACUUUCAGAGUUGCAAAGUCAAGAGGCCAGGAAUCUGUGGUGUGGCAAAGUAUUAGCUAUAAGGAGUAGUAUUGAAGAAAUGACAUCAAGAGAAGCAUUUUCYAGGAAAAGUGAUGAUAUGAGUGGAUAUGAUGACAAUGAAAAGGAUCUUCUCAGAGAUUGUUGGAUGAUGUGGCAGCGUCUUAGUGCAAUCAGRCUCUUCAUUGCACAUGUCUGUAACACUCGAAAGUCGAAGAACUCUCGCUAUCUGGCAAAAUUGUCCAAGGUGCUUGGUCGAAAUACUAAUUUCUUGACAACAAGAAGUGUUCGUUCAUURGAGAAGUUUCUGGUUGAAUGCAGUCACGAUUUCAGAGAACAAAACAAGAUAGAUACAACAUGUUCAGUGUGUAUGGCUGAAGCAAAGUGUCCAUCWCUCACACCCUGUAAUCACUGUUUCUGUUUGGACUGCAUUAAUCACUGGAUGAGUAGCAAAGAUUCUUGUCCAAAAUGCAGGGUCGCAUUUCCAGCUGGUUUCAAGCCCACAGAAUCGGAGAAAAUUAAAAAUGCCAAUGAGACCAUCAGCAAUUUCCGAGAUCAGUGUAAUUCGUACUUCAUGGAAGUGGUGUCAUUGUUUUGUUUUGGGUACUCRCCUUGUGGUGWWCUGGGAGAAGAUACGUACAAUCUCUUGAUGAGCUAUGUUACUGGACAACAARGRGACAGRACCAAACCUUUCUCUCCCUUCAUGGAUGCAAUGGAUGUAACUCCAGUUGUUAGAUCAUUCCUUUUGCAGCAGCUUCUCAAGUCAAGUGACCAGAAAGUAAAGGAGUACAUGACACAAUUUAUUCAGCGAGCCCAAGACUUGGUGCAAGUGGAGUUGGUUGCUGUAGAAGUCCUUGUUAUGUGUGUUCAGUGUAUGGAGGAUGCUCAGAACGGCAGGUUUUCUAAAAGAGCAAGCGAACUUCCACUGGAACAUAAAGUUCCUCUGAUCGAUAAGUUUUGCAAGAAGGSUUGUUCAGUUUUAUCGAAUCGACAAUGCAGCCAACUGAAUGUUGAUUGGCUGGAAGGGAUUGCUCUCUUACGUUUUUCUCUCUCUCUUGCCGCUGACCUUAUGUACCAGUUUGUCAAUGRAAGUCAGGAAAUGCAGGUUCCAACUGUAAAACGUGCCUUGAGAAGCAUUUUUGAUGAAUUGCAGAAGUUCUUCUGUAAUACUACAUACACAAAGCCUAGAUUAUUCUUCCUUAAGCAGUUAUCCAGGAGAUWUGGGUUCGAGUCUAUUGGUCUUGUUGCUAAAARGUUUGGUUGGAUCUUGCCUCAGGAAGGCUCGGAGACUUUCGAGGUCAGCCAAGACAGAUUUCUUGCUUAUGGACGCGAAUAUCAAUCUCUGCGAGAAACAUUAGCAAGAUCGAUUAUUACAGGAGAUAUGAAGGAUGUUGAAGACAUCCGGCAGGGCAUGACACUUAAUAUGACAUCAAAGAACGUGGUUUUGCUGUUGGGUCUUUUCCAAGAAAUCACUGCAAAUCCCGGUGUCCCCAUACCGGAAGUGGUGAUGAAAAGUUUGAGUUCUUUUAUUCAGGAAUCMACAUCGUUAAAUGAUUCGUCCAAACAUUUAGCCCAAGACUUGAUUACCGAGGAACACCAAGACACUCGUACCAUCGCUAGUGUUUUCGGUCUGGCUGGUCACAGUGCCUGGGACACAAGUUUGGUAGAGAUAGUUGUUCACCUUGCUUCUGUUUUGUGCUCAAAAGGAAAUGAUGGAAUUGUUGGUCCACUAAUCGCUUUGGCACUUAACCCUGCAUCUUGCAUUAAUUCAUUCCUACCCACAAUGCCUGAUGACCCCAACCAAGAAGUUCGUGCGGCUGKWAWAGGCACCAUGUAUGAAUGCAUGAAUGGACAUCCGUACCUKGUUACCGAACUCUGUGAAAACAAAGUCCAAGACGAUACGCCGAUUUCUAUGUUCAUUCCCGCCAAAAGUGGUCUGGGUGCAUGCUCUCUCACUCUUGUCAAGUUUUUAGUCGACAAACAUAAUGAAUUCCUGGAGGUUUAUCGACAACACGCGCAAAUCAAGGACAUACAGCACGUGGGCCUAUUGGAGGUUACAUGUUCACAGCUUAUCUCAUACGACGCUGAUCGAGAUCUCAUUCCUCUUGUACAUGCGCACUGUCACUACUCCCUUGAACCUGGCCAGGGUACGUCAGUUGAAUAUGAUUGGUCAGCUGUGCAGCGUCAUUUGAUUGACAGGCUGAUACGGGGAAGAAGUAUCGUUGACUUUAAGGACGAGGAAUACACCAAGACCGCUGUCAUCAACGCCCAGUCAGUCUUGAAGAGUCUUAAAGCUAAAAUACAUCAGGUGGAGUUAACAUUAGCAAUACAGCACCAGAUUGUUCAACAGUAUCGCUCACUACAAGAUGUCUGCGAAGCUGUGUCAUCACUCCACAUUGCAAUCACGUUCCUUUCGUCUGGUGGUGGAAGUAGUGACAUGCCUAUUAGUAGAUAUCUGCACGAUGUACUCAAAAUGCCUGCAGACGCAGGCUUACGUAACAACAAGGCCAAUGAAGUGUGUCAACUACAACACUCGGUUUCCCUGUGGCGGAUAUUAUCGAUCGAGAGAGCCAAGCGUUUGACUCGAAGUGGAAAGGAUCCAUUUGAACAUCUUCCUGAUGACUACAAGGAAUCAGUUUCGGAGGCAAUGCAGAUGUCAGUCCGUGAGACUCUUAGGAAACUAAGUGACGCCAACCUUGACGUAUUGGUCUCAAUUUUGAUAGAAAUCAUUAUACUUCAGUUGAACGACGAUUUUGAGACCGAUAUGAAUUACAGCCUGAAGGAGUAUAUCGCAUACAAUCCUCUUCAUGAAGACAGUGAAAUACCGACUGAAGUUGACAGUAUACCGGAAACAGUUAAACUUCGACAUGUCUUUGGAUUUUGGCAGAUUUUGAUCAGUCUUAAAGACAGAAGUAGCCAUGAAAGAAGAGUCCAACCAACAGGCUAGAUCUAUUAAAAAACAAUACCUGUUACGCUAUUGUUUUAUUCAAUUGAUUUUAUUGACAUUUAGUCCGAAAACUAAAAUCGUAGUCAGUAUUUGAAAAUUAGGUAACAGUUAAUUUGCAUUUUUUUUCUUUUUGAAAUAUCGCUUUACGAAGAGAAUCCACUUCAUGUUUUGGUUUUCAUCAUCUUGAUCUUUCGACAAAUGGACUGUAUAAUGUAUAGUAUAACAUUAGCAAUCGGGAAUAUAUGAUUUGAAAGUGGUUUUAAACCAAGAAACUUGAUACUUUUAAAAAUAUACACAAAAAAAUUGAAAGCACUAUUAAUGCUAACAACAGUUGGCAAAAUUCCACUUCUGAAAAAUAGUUAUUUUUGCGUUAUAGUUGAGUAUAGAGUAUAGCAAUAUGUACAAUAUAAUGAAAAAAGUAGUUCAAACAAAAUAGACUAUAUUUAGGUGUUAUUUGUUACGCUGUUAGAAAUGUUGAUUAUGUUGUUUUAACUCUUUAAAUAAGAAUAUUAAAAGAGGAAUCUGUUA